AUGAGACUGCACGAGUUCCGUGGCGACAUAGAAGCCCAUGGCGUGGAGGCCGAGGAGGGGACCGCGUCGUCCGACGCCUUUAAUAGCUGCAUGGCGCCCGACUCGUGCGCGAACGACGGCGGCGCCAGCAACAGCGAUGGAGUGCAUGGGGUCGCAUCCCUGGGGGUCUGGAAACGCAACGACAAGGGCUGCGACUGCGCGGGCUCGGGCAAACCCCGCCUCACCUGUAUUUAUGAGGACGGCGACGGCAAUAGUGCCGUCGUCUCCUUUGAUGGCGGCGGCGGCAAUGGUGUCGAAGUGUCCGUUGGCGACGGUCGCGGCGGCCGUGUCGUCGUGUCCCUGCAGUCUGGGGUUGUCAACAAUGCUGCCGCCGGCGGCUUCACCUUCGCUGCGCCCAAGCAGCAGACAUACGAGGCGGACAGCCAGAGCGCCUGGUUGGGCGGCGGCGGCGGCCACGGCGGUUGCCGAACCGGUGAUGGUGACGGCGGCGGCGACGGCGGCGGC